AUGGACAAUGUUUGUCAUGAGCGGGAAGGUUCCGCGAAUUGGGUUGCCCUCAAGCAUUCUGAAUCCUGUGUGAGACUUUGCAUUUGCAACCAACACCUCAAGUUUUUCUCUUCCACUUCAACCCGACCCUCUUCUCUGGUGAGUUGGUUAUCCUUAAUUAGUCAUCUGGCCUCCGCCUUAUUCUCACCCUACACAUCCUCGUACAAAAAAUUUAAAGGUAACUUCUUCAAGGUGGUCUUCCAGCCUCCCGAUCGUGAUUAUUUUUUCGAUGGUGACCAACCCAAGUUUCCCUUAUGCUGGACCCACAACCCCCUACGCUUCAAAAAUUGGCCUUGUUCUGAGAUGUCAUUAGAAGACGCUCAAAUGUUGGGGAUAUUUGAUCAAAUACCCGCCGCUUGCCCACUUGAAAACUUCUCAGAGUCUAUUUAUCUCCAUGUCGCCUUUCCGACCUCGAUGAUCUCUGGGUUGGGUGCACAAAUUUCAGUCGUGUCCUCGGAGAGGGACGCUUUGCGGGGGAUGCUAGCUCGAUUCGAGAAGGAGAACAAGGCUGCAAUUGCCAAGGUGGCGGAGUUAUCAUCUCUCUAUGAGAUAGAAAUUGCCACAAGGUGGUUGCGGAGCUACUCGAGAUAA